GAGCCGCGGUUGACGGUCCACCCAAUCUGAAAAGAUCAAGAUGAGUUAGUAUCAUAUUCCAUCACGUCUCGUUGACCCAAUCAGUAUAAAAGGAUAGUAAGGAUCCAUUUUCUAUACAUCAAUAAACAAAUCAUUUUCCAUACAUACAAAAAUGGCAGAAUCUUCAUCAACCAAAACCGGUCUUAGGUUAGCCGGCAAAGUAGCCAUCGUCACCGGAGGUGCCAGUGGUAUCGGCAAAGAGACUGCGCAUCUCUUUGCCAAUCAAGCUGCACGUAUGGUGGUGAUUGCUGAUAUUCAAGACAAGCUGGGAAUUCAAGUGGCUGAAUCCAUUGGCACAGAUAGAUGCACCUUUAUUCAUUGUGAUAUUAGAAUUGAAGAUGAUGUCAAAAAUCUCGUUCAAUCAACCGUCGAUACUUAUGGACAAAUAGAUAUUAUACACUGCAAUGCUGGGAUUAUAAGUCCAAGUGAUCAAACCUUGUUGGAACUCGACGUUUCUCAAGCUAACGGCGUCUUUGCAACUAAUGCUAUAGGAACGGCAUUGUGUGUAAAAUAUGCCGCACGUGCCAUGGUGGAUGGUAAGGUGAGGGGUAGCAUUGUCUGCACGGCGAGCAUUUCUGCUAGCUACGGUGUCACGACAGGGACAGAUUACUCGAUGUCAAAGCAUGCGGUAUUAGGGUUAAUGCGCUCAGCCAGUGUCCAACUUGCAAAAUAUGGUAUAAGAGUGAACUCUGUGUCGCCAAAUGGAUUAGCAACACCAUUAACUGAGAAAUUACUAGAUGCGGAUGCAAAGACAGUGGAAGAGAUUUUUUCAAAAUUCUCCAUGUUGAAAGGAGUGGUUCUAAGGACUAAUCAUGUGGCAGAUGCUGUGCUGUUUUUGGCUUCUAAUGAUUCUGAUUUUGUGACUGGUCUUGAUCUUCGUGUGGAUGGUAACUAUAUUACUAGUGACGCUGUAAUUUAAGGGAUAAAGCAUCACACUUCUAGUAGUGCAAAGAGUGAUGCACAUGAAAGAAAUAAAUGGAAUAAAGCAUCACACUUCUGCAGUUUUCAUUUGCUUUAGCAGGCAUCUUAUUUAUGUUCUGUUCUGUGGUGUAAUCUUUGUAUCUUUAGGCAUUGCUUAUGCCUUGUAUUAAUGUAAUAUUUUCAUAUCAUAAAUUUUGUAAUUUCUAUUUUUUAUGGGAUGUGUUAUCUAUAUUUGGUUAAUUGUGUCA